AUGAGCACAGGGGCUGCUUUGGGCCGGGGCAGCUCAGCCCCUUCAGUCCUCACUGACAACCCACAGACCAGGCUGGCCGUGGUGGUGGAAGUAGAGCGAAGGAGAAGAUCUGGCCCCGAGGAGACCUGUUGCCCCACGCUCCUCCUGGAGGGGCCCAAGAGCAUCCGCCUGUGUCAGCGUGGGAUUCUGGAGAGUCAGGAGGCGGAGCAAGAGUUGCUAGCAAGAGUCCAGUGCAUGCUGGGCUCGGUGGGCCGAGGGUACAGUGUAGCCCUGCUGCUUCGGGGUCGAGAAACAGAGGCACCCCGGCUUGUGCUUCAGCUGCUGCAGAUGCUGUUUGAAGAAGCUCUGCCCCUCAGGGGCUCUGAUGCCGUGCUUAGUACACUUAGCCUGGUGCAGCUCAGCACCAGUGGGAGGAGUCGGGACCUGCUUGCUCCAGGGUCAGAGAACCUGUCAGUGCUGGAUGUGUCCCCUCUGGGCUUGGUGGUAGAAAAUGCCAGUGAAGUGGAGGUGUCUGACUCAAGAGCUGCCUCAGAGCUGUACUUGCAGGCUGCAGGUGGUGAAGACAGUGCCUGCUCUCUGCUCACUGUCACCAUGUCCUGCCCACGGCCUGACCCUCCUGAGGGGCCUGGGACCCAGGGCAUGUGGCGAGGAGCCUUGCGGAUCCUGCAGCUUCCAGGAGCCCUGUGGUAAAAGCCUGGAGCCAGCGCUCAGGAAGCUGGAUGCUCAAAACAGUCAAAACUGAGGCUAUGGGGCUCCCAGAACCACAGGUACGUCUUCCCAUCCAAACUCUUGGGAGGCCUAUUGAUGUCUGCCUCCUUUUUCUCUGUUUACAGAGCACUGUGAGGGGGCUCUUCCUUCCUUCAUUAAUGUACUGAUUCCCGAACAUUUAUUGACCACUAUGUGCCUUUUUAUAAUCCUCUGGAAAGAAACAAUUAACACCAUGAUCAGUGCUCUGAAGAGCUUAUCCAAAGGGCUCUAUGUGGGCAUCUAAGUUACUCUUGGCGAGAGAGGGAAGGAAGACUUCAUGGAGGAAGUUGAAACCUGAAGGAGAUGGCUAGCAAAGAUGAAUGAAGAACAUUCCAGGCAGAAAAAAUAACAGGAGACGUGUCAGAGGUAAGCGAGUCCUUGAUCUCUUUGGGAGACUGCAAGCAGCUCAAUUUGCUGGAGGAUAGAGUUUGAGGAAGAAAGUCCAGAGAGAAGGAUUGGAGACUGAAGUAGGGGCCUGGUCAUGCAGGUCUUUGUAAAUCAAUUGAGAUGUUUGGAGUUUGUCUGGAAGGUCAAGGGGAAGCCACAAUUUAUUUUAAACACGGAAGACAACAUUGCUCCCAGCAUUGCUUCAGCAAACUGAAGCUCCGAGAAGUGAUGUGAGUAUCCCAGGGUCACUAGGAUAAUCAAAGGCAGCAGAGGUGCAGAGACAUCCAAGUCCUUAGACUCAGUACGGCACUCUUCCAUCCCCUUAGGAUGCAUGUCCUCCCUUAUGCAGAAGGGGCGCUGUCUUCCAUGAUUUGUCACAGGGUGGCUGGAAGGUCUCCCCUGUCCAGCUUCUCCUGGUGCUUUCAUUUUCUUAAUUACUUAUAACUUGUUUUUACAGCCCUGGGCCUUGGGAAUUAGGCCUGUAAACUCCAAGUUAUUGAACAGGGCUGGCCACUGCUAAGUGCUUUGGGUGCCUUAUCUCAUUUCAUGCUCUCUACAACUUUUAUCAGCUCCAUUUUAUGGAUGAGAAAAUGGAGACUCAGAA